AUGACCGUGAAGAACUCGAUUGCAGUGAUCACUGGAGGAGCAAGUGGCAUUGGCCUCAGCUGUGCAGAGCAGUUUCUACUAGAAGAUGCCAAGUUCAUUGCAAUUUUGGAUUUACCAAGCACAAAUGCAGAGGACGUGGUCGCGAAACUGAAGAACCAAUUUGGCCAGGAUCGCGUGGGUUUCUUCCCCUGUGAUGUCACGAAAGACGAUCAGGUGAAUUCAAGCUUCGACAAAAUUGUGGAGUCGUUAGGAAGCUUCGACAUACUGAUCAACAGCGCGGGAAUUCUGUCCCGUAAGGAUAAAUGGGAUGUCAUGGUGAACGUGAAUGUAACCGGACUCACUCGCACGACUAUUAAAGCCAUCGACCUGAUCGGCAAGCAUAAUGGCGGUAAAGGUGGCACGAUCGUGAACAUAGCGUCCAUAGCUGGCUUCGUGCCUGUGCCAGUGUUACCCUGUUACGCUGCGACGAAACAUGCCGUCGUUGGAUUCACCAAAAGCUUAUCGUAUCACUAUGAAAAAACUGGCGUACGAAUGAUGAUGGUGUGCCCCGGCAGCACGAUUACCCCUAUGUCCAUAAAUCUGGACCAGGAUAUGGGCUUGAGUUUUGUCAGUGAAGAUGAGGUUAUUGACUUCAAGAAUCAACAAAUCAAGCAGCCGCCAGAGUACGUGAGCAAAGCGAUGGUGCAAUUGAUCGAAAAAGGGGAAAAUGGCGCUGUAUGUAUGGUAUACGAUUGCGAACCACCGUACCUCCUGAAAGUUCCUACGUUUUAUGACUUAGUGAAGAGUCCUUUGUAA